AUCUUUCCCACCACAUAAACACAUCCACCAAACUAGUCAAACACACUCACACCACCUCUCCCUCGAUUCACAGAGGAGCCUUGACCCCAUUGAAUCCCGCAAAGAACCAAAAUAAGCCCGUGACAAUGGACCACCUCCAGACCCCGCGUGUCCUCGCCCCCCACCUCUCAAACUUCCAACACCGCAUCGUCCGCAUCCUGGGAAAAGUAGUAUCGCUCCGCGGCGAGACUGCUGUUAUUGAUGCCGGUGGGAAUGUGGAUUUGAUUUUGAAUAGGGACUCCCAUCUUGCGCUCAACCAUGCGGUAGAAGUCAUCGGCAAAGUCGAUCAGAAUUUGCAUGUCAAGGUACAAGCUGCUACUGACUUUGGGACGGAUAUCGAUUUCAACGCUGCAAACGCAGUAGUGGAAGCCACACAUCGGUACAAGGAGAUCUUCUACGACGACAACUGAGACAGUUGGUAGAGGUGAGGUAUCAGUAUGGAAAAGGGCGUGAGUCACGGGAGUUGAUGUCAGAUCCAAACUUUCUGCUGAGGAAAAAUGAAUGGAUAGAUGGUCAUUAGUGCAAUGAUAGUCGAGCAUCAAAAUUGAACAGAUGAAUCAUG